ACAAUCUAAAGAGGAAACUAGAAAAUUUAAUCAAAACUCUUCUUCUUCUCAACUUCUUAGUAUUUGUGAGUUGAGGCAUAAUUCAGAAAAGAAAGAAAAAAGAUGGCAUUUUUUACACUGCUAGAGGUUGCAACCAUGCCGGUAUUAGAGGUCCUCAUCAUCAGUAUUCUGGGUGCUUUCAUGGCUACUAGCUACUGGAAUCUUCUUCCUGCUGAUGCUCGUAGGCAAAUGAACAAGAUUGUGUUCGUAAUUUUCACUCCAUCUCUCAUGUUUGCAAGUCUUGCUAAGACUGUAACAUUUGAAGACAUCAUUUCCUGGUGGUUUAUGCCAGUUAACAUUGCGAUAUCAUUUUUGAUUGGUGGCAUAUUUGGAUGGAUAGUUGUUAAACUACUGAAACCCGAGCCUUAUCUCGAAGGCCUUAUUAUUGGUUCAUGUUCAGCAGGAAACUUGGGAAACCUCAUGUACAUAGUAGUCCCUGCAAUCUGUCUUGAGAAAGGAAGUCCAUUUGGCCACACUGGUAGUUACUGCAGCAGUAUUGGACUCGCAUAUGCAUCAUUCUCCAUGUCGGUUGGAGGUUUAUUCAUUUGGACUCACACUUAUUAUCUUAUACGAACCUCGAGCAUGGCAUACAAAGCAAUGCAAAUAUCUAAAGAACCAGUUCCAAGGAUACCCAACAUUGACAGUGAUGCCAAUGCGGAAUCUAGGCUUCUUGCAGGAGCACAUGAAGAUCAAUUGUCUGUAGUUGUGUCAUCUACAGAACUUUACAACGAACAAAACGAAGUCCUUGCUAUCGUAACACAAACAUCGCCGGGGAAAGUUGGUGACGUAACUGUAAAACAAUCAUUCUGGGACAAAGCAGUAGGAAUUCUUCACCUAAUUAUUGAGGAACUGUUUGCUCCUCCAACUGUUGGUUCAAUUUUGGGAUUCCUGUUUGGAGCAACACCUUGGCUCAAAAAUCUCAUAAUUGGUGAGGGUGCACCAUUGAGAGUGAUUCAAGAUUCUGUCCAAUUACUAGGGAAUGGGACCAUACCUUGUAUUACUCUUAUACUGGGAGGAAACCUCACAAAAGGUUUACGAUCUGCAAGAUUAAAGCCGAUGGUGAUUAUUGCUGUAAUUGUCGUGCGAUUUAUGGUCCUUCCUGUGAUUGGUAUAUGUUUAGUAAAAGCAGCAGGGAACAUUGGUCUGUUACCAGCUGACCCAUUGUUCAGCUAUGUAUUGCUGUUACAAUGGAGUAUACCACCAGCCAUGAAUAUCGGUACAAUGACGCAACUGUUUGAUGUGGGUCAAGAAGAGUGUUCAGUUCUGUUUCUAUGGACGUACUUGGUUGCUUCUCUUGCAAUCACCCUUUGGUCUACUCUUUACAUGUACAUCCUAUCUUGAAAGGCUUCAGAACUUACCGAAUUUUGACAUACUCAAGCUACAAAUGUUACCAUCAAUCCUCUGUACGGAAAUGUCCUUCAUUGCCGCUAAAUGAGAUGAGUUGCUUACUGAAUUCCUAUAUAUAUGUUUUUUUAUUUUUUAUUUUAACUUGGUCAUGCAACAACCCAUGCCCUGUAAAAAUAGGAUCACGGCUCAUGGGUUAUUUUGGUCUAGACAAGCUAUUCUUUGGUGUUAGUAUUGUAUUGUAUCACCAGCCUCUAAAAAUUUUUAUA